AUGCUUCCCUCAAUGAUCCACUCCGUCUUUCCCUCCCUGCUCUCACGAAAACGCAUGCGAGAUGCUGUGCGAACCUACGACCGCUCCCUGGACGAUCUGUUGCGAGAAGUCCAGCGCCUCCUCGAGGCUCCACUCGAACCUGCACAGCUUCUGCAAAUGUCCGGCAAGCUGCAGGACCAAUUCGCUCCAAAGCUCAAGGACAGCGACAUCUGCAUGCUACCUUCUUACAACGACAAGCUACCUACCGGCCUCGAGCGCGGUACCUACCUUGCCUUGGAUGUUGGUGGUUCCACCUUCCGCGUUGCCAUUGUCGAGUUGAAUGGCAACCAACCCGGUGCCAAGAGUAUGCGCAUCGUGAACAUGAAGAGUUACAAGAUCGAUAACUCGGUUCGAUACCUUCGAGGCACCGCCUUCUUCGACUGGAUGGCCGAGAGAAUUGAGACGGCCAUCAACGAUCCCCAAGUCAAAGGUAUCAAUGAUACAAAGGUCUUUGGCAUGGGGUUGGCCUGGUCUUUCCCCAUCGAGCAAACCUCGAUCCACAGCGGAAACAUCUUGCCCAUGGGUAAAGGUUUCCUCGCGACAGAGGGAACCUUGGGACAAGACCUGAGUGAGCUUGUCAUGGCUCCAUGCAGAAAAAGGAACCUUCCUGUUCGUAUGGAGUCCAUCGUCAACGAUUCCUCUGCAACACUACUGUCACGUGCGUACGAGGAUCCUUCUACCCGAUUUGCAGUUAUCUUAGGAACCGGAUUCAAUAUUGCCGCCCACCUGCCAAUUUCGACGCUCGCCGCGCCCAAGUACAAAGGCUACCCGCGCAAGUGGUUAGAUCAGGCCGAGCAUGUGCUCGUCAACACCGAAUUGAGCAUGUUCGGAAAAAAUGUAUUUCCUACCACACGGUGGGAUGAUCAACUCAACGCCACCCAUGUGCGUCCAGACUUCCAACCUUUCGAGCAACUCAUCAGCGGGCGGUACCUUGGUGAGAUUGUCCGAUUGGUGCUUGUAGAGGCUGUGCGUACCGCUGGGUUGUUCAGUGGUGAACUCCCAGAGAAGCUAUCUGAAGCAUACUCCCUGGACACAGGAACACUCGCUGCCAUGGAGAUGGAUGAGUCGAAAGGCUUCUCCAAGGCCAUCGCCCUAUUCCAGUCUCGGCACCCACUCAGCAAGCCGCCAUCCUACCGUGACAUCUACUUUGUCCGCCAAGUAGCCCAGCUGGUCUCGCACCGUGCAGCUGCGUACCUAGCCGCUGGAAUCCACUCCUUGUGGAAGCUUCGAACCACCUCCGAAGGCUUAAGUCCUUCGACGGUUGGAAGGAUAGCUAUUGGCUGCAACGGCUCCGUCAUCGAGAAAUACCCCCUUUUCAGAGAACUGUGCCAGUCUCACCUGGACGAGCUCACUACUGCCUCGGGGGCCGAACCCCAUGCAAUAUCAUUAGAGAUCGCUGUCGAGUCGGCUAUCUUCGGUGCCGCAGUUGCUGCUUGCUGCCUCGACUAA